UUGCAUUGGAUUUGUAUCCUGAAUUUUCCAACAUUUUUGCAACAUUUUCCUCUCCUCCCCUCUUCCUUUCCCAAAACCAUCCCCAGAAGGAAAGAGAGUCGAGAGGAAAGGAAGAGAGGGAGAUUUGGGCUUGCUCACGAGAGAUCUUUAAAAAUAUAUUAUUUUAGGUCUCCCAGAUUCUGAAAGAAAAGCAAAUAAUGGGUUUAAAUUCAUUAAAUCUAAGCUUUUGGUUUCUUGUUUGCGUUUUCCGAUUUGCUUCUGCAUCCACCCACGUUUCAUAUGAUGCCUUGGUAGCUCAUGAAACUACUGGGCGUAACCUCCUUCAGGCUACAAAGUCAUGCGAUGAGGACUUUACGAAGAAGAAUUACACGAUCAUAACAAGCCGUUGCAAAGGACCCGAAUACCCAAAGAAAAACUGUUGCGGAGCGCUCACGGAUUUCGCUUGCCCUUUCAGCGAAAAAGUCAAUGAUUUGAACAGUGACUGUGCUCGAACCAUGUUCAGUUACAUCAACCUGUACGGCAAAUACCCACCAGGACUGUUCGCCCAUUUAUGCCAAGGGGGGCAAAAAGGUCUGUCUUGUGAUGCUGAUCCCCCUGCCAGUCCUGCUACCCCCCUCUCUACCCUUCCUGCUUUCCUCUUCCUCACCUCUGCUUCCCUUACCAUUUUCUCUCUCUUCCUUUGA